AUAUAUAUAUAUAGUGAGGCAGCUAGCCAGCCCGUACUGUGGCAUAUAUAUACAACAGCGCAGGCCGGAUUUUAUCCCGAGAGCUGACUGAGAAACAGGAGCAGUGAGUAGGUAGCAACAACUCGCUCCUCGCAACAACGUCGCAGGCGUAUUUGACGCAUAUUGUGUUUUUCGUCGGUCACCAUUCAUCCUUCGAGUGCUGUGAGUGUACGAGGAUCUCGUCCUGGUAGGAUCAUCUGGUGAAAAAGUGCAGCGGAGAAUCGCCAGGGCAAGAGCGACGAAAGUCAAGAAGAUUUCGGAGCAGUGCUCGAAGAACGCCGGCCCAACGUUUUGCCAAAUACAGCAUUCCCGCGAGGUAUUUCCGUGAAACAGCCGGGGACGGCCAUCGACUCCGCGCCGAGGAGGAUGCCGCGUGCCUUCUUCGAGCUGCUGCGGUUGAAGAACAAAAAGUGCGUCUCGAUAAACGCGAUCAUGUGCGUCGAUGAAAAGCAGUGCUAGUCGGCCGCGCGCCCAUGACAUCGGCCCAGACCCAGCAAUCAGUGAAGGACAGUAGAAAUAAAUUUCUGCUGGGCAAAUCGUGUCCUGGUACACCGUAUUUGACGGCCCUUGAGUGCGAAAGGUAUAAAAACGUUACAACGACGGCAACGACAACGACCGCUGUUGCAGCAGUUUCAACGCCACCCGGAAGAAUCAUGAACGGAUUCAGCACGGGAGAAGAGGAUUCGAGGGGAGCGUCCGAUCAGAUCUGCUGUCUGGUGGAUGAAGGAACCAGGUGCACCAGACCUGCGGGCAACGCCUCGUACAGCAAGAGGAUACAAAAGACUGUCACGCAGAGACGACUCAAGCUCAACCUUGACAACCUGGCAAGACACAUAUACAUAUGUGACUAUCACAAACAAGUAAUUCAAUGUGCGCGCACGAAACAACAGCAGCAGAGGAGGAGAAAAGACUCUGAAGAAGACUCGGGUGAGACAGACAAUGAUCUUCCAGAAGUUGAUCUCUUCCAACUCCAAGUUGGUACACUGAGACGGUACAAGCGGCAUUACAAAUUAACCACAAGACCUGGUUUGAACAAAGCUCAACUUGCAGAUUUCCUUGCAAAACAUUUCAAGACCAUACCAGUUGCAGAAAAAGAAACCCUGAGUGUUUUCUUUUACACUGUCAAAACCAAUGCAAACAAAUUAGAUUAUAAAAAUGGUUUGAGCAAUGACACAACGUAGCCUCUAAUUUGAUUUCUUGUUUAAUGUCAUUGUGAUUGUAACAUUUAGUUGUAGACAAGUUGUGCAACUAGGGGAGAAAAUUGGCUGGAGAAAACGUAGAGAAAACAUCACCCGAGUCUGAAAAAGCCACUCCUCCCUUGUUGCACACCGUACUUUUUAUGAUAAGUGCACGAAUAGGCUACUUAUCAUGCAUAUGAAAGACAUGGGAAUUUCGAGGACUUUUCAAAGUAAAACAAAUUUGUAUUCAAAAUUUUAAAAAUUUCGAAAAUUUCAAAAAUUUUUGAAAUUUUGAAAUUUUGAAAAUACUUAUAUCGACACACACAUUCAUCGGAUAGGCUGCAGAGUGAGGAAAAAACUACUCCCUUGGGAGAACAAAACUGUUUCCUCGCAAGGGAGUAGUUUUUUCCCGCUGCUAAGAAAAACUCGAUUUUCCAUUCAUUUUACAUGCCUGGAAAGUGGCCUUUUUCGUGCACGUAUUAUGAACAAUGAUUUAUGAUUUUUAGAUCUAAAUGAGAUUAGGUAUUUUGUAAAAAUAACUGUAAACUAUAAUGAUAGAAGUAAGAAUUUGUGUCUAAGUUAUAUACUUGAAAGUCACUCAAACUUUUAAUAUUGUUCAACUGCGUCAAGUGACAAUACAUUAAAAGAAAAAUUUGGUUUAAUAUUCAAAUUUUACGAAAAGUGCCGAUUGUCUAAAUAUUUACAUUUAUUUCUAAUAACGAUUAUUUAUAACAGGUCUUGCUUUGAUAAAACUGUUGUACUCUCUUCUUCACUGUCGCCGCUCAGUUCUGUAAAAUAUACACAUGUACAUUGAGUGCAAUUUAUAAAAAUCAUUUGAUGAUUUAAAAUAAAGUAUAGAUUUGUUAAGUACCUA